GGAGCACGCGGGCUGUCGCCCCGGCUGGGGUGUGUGAAAGCGCGUGUCCAGGGAUGGAGAUGGAGAGAUAGGAUGGGCGCACAGCUCGACCCCCGCAGCCCAAGCCCAGCAACGCCCACGCGGCCCCGGUGACUUGCUGAAGCCCUGUGGCUGAAGCCGCGGAGUGGGGUGGGCUGGUGGGGGUGGUGGGCACGUUGUCCAGCGGCCCUCCUGCUUCCUGCACCUUGUCCUUGUGUCGCUUCUUCUCCACUUUCCAUCCGUCCCCACUUCCCAAGAGGGGAACGUCAUGUCCAAGGCUACUGGGGGCGCGGCGGCGGCGGCGGCAGGGGCGGAAAGUUGCUCCAGUCCAGCCGCCUCCGCCACGGUCGAGGACCUGUCCAAAGUGUCAGACGAGGAGCUGCUCCAGUGGAGCAAGGAAGAGCUGAUCCGCAGCCUCCGCCGCGCCGAGGCGGAGAAGGUGAGCGCGAUGCUGGACCACAGCAAUCUCAUCCGGGAGGUGAACCGCCGCCUCCAGCUGCACCUGGGCGAGAUCCGCGGCCUCAAGGACAUUAACCAGAAGCUUCAAGAAGACAACCAAGAGCUGAGAGAUCUUUGUUGUUUCCUGGAUGAUGACAGGCAGAAGGGAAAAAAGGUGUCACGUGAGUGGCAGAGACUGGGCAGAUACACGGCUGGGGUGAUGCACAAGGAAGUGGCCUUAUAUCUGCAGAAACUGAAGGAACUUGAAGUGAAGCAGGAGGAAGUUGUCAAGGAGAACAUGGAGCUCAAAGAGCUUUGCGUGAUGUUAGAUGAAGAGAAGGGAGGCUGUGCUGGCAGCCGGAGCUCCAUCGACAGUCAGAUCAGUCUGUGCCAGCUCACAGCCUCUAGUGCUCCUUAUGUCCGGGACGUGGGGGACGGCAGCAGCACCUCCAGUGCGGGGAGCACUGACAGCCCUGACCACCACAAACAUCAUGCCAGCGGCAGCCCCGAACACCUCCAGAAACCCAGGGCUGAAGGUAGUCCGGAACACUCAAAGCACCGGAGCGGGAGUCCAGAACAUCUCCCCAAACCAAGGGUUUCUGGGAGCCCAGAUCACCAGAAACAGCUCAAAGGACCCAGUCCAGAGCAUCACAAAACCAUAGUCAAAGGCAGCCCUGAGCAGCAGAAGCACACAGGCGGUAGCCCGGAGACCCUUCCCAAGCAUGUGAUCAGCAGUAGCCCUGAACAUUUCCAGAAGCACAGGCCUGGCGGGAGCCCCGAGCACCAAAAGCAUAGCAGUGGGAGCCCAGAGCACCUGCAGAAACACAUCUUGAGUGGGAGCAUGGAACACCUUCCAAGGGUGAGGGGGACCAGCCCUGAGCAUCUCAAACAGCAUUAUGGGGGAAGCCCAGAUCAUCACAAGCACAUGGGCGGCGGAGGCAGCAGGGAAGGCACGCUCCGGAGGCAGACCCCUGACGACAUGUCACCUCAUCACAGGAGUGUAUACAGUGGAAUGAAUGAAUCAACCUUGUCCUAUGUUAGGCAGCUGGAGGCAAGAGUAAGACAGCUGGAGGAGGAGAAUCGCAUGCUGCCCCAGGAAACCCAGAAUAGAAGGCAAUCUCCAACUAGAAACAACUCAAAUAUGGAAAAAAGCUGGGGGUCCAGAGCCCGGCAGGUCUGGCUGUGGUGGCAGGGGUGCGGAGGAAUAGGAAGAUGCCUGCCCACUUUCCCGGGUCCUUUUAGGUUGCCAUCAGGGGCUGAUGGGAAUAACAGUUCACCCACCUCUCCAGCUAGCUUCAGCGGACAUACCACACCUUCUCAGCAACCUGAACCAGUGGUACAUACUCUUAAGGUUGUGUGGCGGAAACUUGGAGAUGCUGCAGGUUCUUGUCCUGGAAUUAGGCAACAUCUGUCCGGGAACCAGUACAAAGGACCGAUGUGAGGAGCACUCCUGAAUACAAGAUUAGCACUGGUGGUGGGAAAGAAAAGAAGACAUGACUUUCACACACCUGGACUCAUGGGGGUUAACGAUAGUGUGGUUGUGUGCCACAUCUAUGUCUUCUUUGAAAACUUCAGUGCAGGUCCCCCAUCCUACUGGAAUUUCUCUUGCUUUACUAUAUUCAAGUGCAGUCACUGAAUCAUGACAUCACUAAUUUGUUAUCCUACACAUUCUUCAAGAUCUUAUGAUAAUUGGAGUUUUCAUGAAUUGAAGAGUUCUAGUGAUUUUGACUGAUGUGACAUAGUGGGAACUUCCUACCAUGUUAUGUAGAAGCUAAGAAACGGUGCCUUCCAGCUUCCAAAGUUUGGGAACUAGGCCGCUUGUCACUUCUACUUGAGUAUAUAAAAUGCUAGUUGCUGGUGCUUAAUUUGAAAGAAAUGGCUGGAUUUUCUCCCCCUGAAACAUUCAAUAUUUGUACUGAGGUGCUAAAAUUAUCUCACGAAUUUGCUUUCCUAACUAAUAGUGUAGCAAAAUCCCUGACAGAACUUGUCCCAAAACACAGUUUCUGACAACUGGGCAAUUAAAUGCUUCCCUCCCUCCUCCAUUUUGCUAACACAACAUGGAGGUGACCAGUCUCCAGGCCCACUCUCCCAUCAGCAUUAAUAUGGACAAUUUGCAACUUCAAUAAUCAUAAGCUUACUUUUAAGAGUUUCCAGCUGUGAGGAGACAUUAAUUUUGACAAUUUUGUUUCUAGAUAAGCUAUUAUAUUUAACAAACUCUAAGUAGACUUUAAAAGAUUGCACUGCAUUUUUGAACAAAAGCUUUCCUUGCCUACUGCAGCUUUCUUUAAAACAAUUGUUUGAUGAUACUCAACGCAUGUCUGAUUAUUUUGAAGCUAAAAACUCUUGUUCAGAUUGCUUGAAGGUUGACCAAGAGACAUGCUAGCUAUGCUUAGUUUAUUUCAUUUAUUAUUUGGGGGGAAGGGGGGAAAAUGUGUAUAACAUUAGACUGUGUGUAAUGGAAAUGCUAUGAUAGGUAUUUUGUGUUUAUCCAAAUGCAAUGAGUUUCUUGUAUGAAUAUGCAAGAGGCCUGUGACAGAAUGCUAUUGCUUAAGUUUUUACUGUAGCUUAGGAUAAAAGAGAUAGGAAUGCAACAAUUGCCAGUUUUCAGGUUUGUUCUCAAUUACUAAGGGUUUGCUUCACAGCAAAUAUUUUCUCUUUUUCGUGGGCUUGUUACAUGUUGUAUUAAUUGCCCAUUUGGUAGUAGAAUGUAAGAAACUGCUGUACAUUAAAAAAAAUUAUGGUACUGUGAUGUAGAACCAGCCUACUGUUGUCUCAAAAACCUUGUGAAUUAAUUUAACACAGACUUUUUCUCUCUAAUUAUCUUUAUUUGGUUAGAUUUUAAACAAAUCUUCCUCUUGAGGUGUUAUAUUUUAAAACUGUCAUUCUCUGCUAAAAAACAAACAUCCUGCUUGCUACAUUUACAUUUUCACAAAGUUUUCAUCUAUAAACUUAAAUUGUUGUAUUCCUAUACAAUAGAAAACAUUUAAAAACAAGUUUUUGUGCCUGCAGUAGACCCUGCAGUAGCUAUUCAAGGGACAAUAGUCUUUUGACAAAACACUUGUGUAAAUUUUAUACUGUAUUAAAACUAUUUUUUUAAAGUUCUGCAUAAAAUUGAGUAUCAAGUAUAUGUGUUCAUCUUAGCAAUGGUAAUAAAUUAUUUAAUCUCAUAGUGUUUUUUUUCUUUUCAAAAUAUGUUUUCCCAUAACGGGUACAUAUCUGUUAAAAGCCAUUAAACAUUAUGCAUCUUUCCAUGCCACAUAGAUGGAUGAUCCAUAAAUGUUUGAUGAUGAAGACAGCUAUAAUACUACAGAAGAAU